GCUCUCUUGUUAUAUUCAAUGAUAGACACACCUGUAGCUCGAACAGUCUUAUUGAUCGUCGGAUAAACGUUAAAAGACGCGCGCUUUUAAAUCAGUGACAUUCAGUUGUAAGUCAUUAUUGUUAAUAUUCCACAAAGUGAUUAACAAUUAGAUUGAUUAGAAAAAUGUCCUCCAAAGAAAAUAUCAAUGAAAAAGAAUUAACGAUAGAUAUUCCCGAUUCGUUUGGUGAUCCAAGAUCAGCUCAAGAUAACAAAAUUCAACCUACUACUUCAUCUCCAAUAAAAUCACCUACACAAAAAUUUGCUGUGCAUUACAAUAUGGACAAACCUGGCCUAGCAAUUAUAUUUAAUCAUGAAACUUUCUGCUGCGAAGAUCUUCUACCACGAACAGGAACUGAUAGAGAUAGCAAAAAUCUAAAGAGGACAUUACAAUCAUUAGGAUUCAUAGUUCAAGAACAUAAAGAUUGUACUUCCACUCAAAUAAAACUUACAUUACAAGCAGUUGCUAAACAAAAUCACACUGAUCACAGUUGCUUAAUAGUUUGCAUAUUGACCUAUGGAGAUUUAGGAAUACUUUAUGCAAAAGAUGAAUGUUACAAAGCAAAUUCUAUUUGGUCAUAUUUUACACCAGGCAAAACUGAUAAUAAUGAAGAGAAAACCCGUACUCUUACCGGUAAGCCCAAAUUAUUUUUUAUACAAGCCUGUCAAAAAAGGAAGAUAGUCAGGUCAACUACGCAAUCCUUGCCACAAAUGCAAACACUCACACUACCUGAUAAAAGUAAAAAGGUAUAUAAAGAAGUAUUCCGUUUACCAAAUCAUGCUGACUUUUUGAUCGCUUAUUCAACAAUAUCAGGUCAUUAUUCGUGGUCAAAAUCGGAAAAUGGAUCAUGGUUUAUAGAAAAAUUGUGCACAAUAUUAAACAAAUUUGGAACAAAAUAUGAUUUGUUAACUCUACUUACUUCAGUCUGUCGUUGUGUUCAAGAAGAAUAUGAAAUUAAUGCUAAUGAUAGAAUUAAAAUGAUUCAAAAAAAAGAAGUUCCAUACAUUACUUCAAUGUUAACUCGUCUAGUGAAAUUCCAAGCUAUAAACAGUAAUGUUGAAAAUUAAAUGUUAUAAAAUUUUUAUUAUACAUAUAUAUUUUAUUUUAUCAUAACACGUGCAUUUAUUAAAUAAAUU